UCCACUUUUCUCUCUCAGGAGCGUGGCAGCAGCACAGAGCAAGAAGGGCAACACCAUCACCAUCAACCCCAGAAAAUCAGGAGGAGUGGCUUCAGUGAAAGCUCCUGGAGAGAUGAGAUCGUCUCACUCAGUUCCAGAUCCUGCUGCUCACGGUGUGAGAGAAGAAGGCAAGAAGAGAUAUCCCACAGCUGAAGAGAUCAAAGUUAUUGGAGGCUAUCAGAGCCUGGACAAGUCCUGCUUGGCCAAAGGCAGAGGGACUCAGAAAGGAGUGAAAGUGUGCUUUGAUGAGGUACAACUGGAAGUGGUGUUUGAGUAUCCCUCAGAGAGCUCACUGUUGGCCUCCUUCCCCUGCCCCCCUCUUCCAUGCACUGACAGAGGAAGGGAGGAGGAAGAUGAGGAAGAUGAAGAGGAGGAGAAGGGAGUAUUUUUGUUCAUGAACAGCAGAUGUGAGGCAGUCGGACCAGGCAGAGUGCUAAGAGUGGAUGAAUCAUGUCACCAAUAGAGAAUGAUCCUCCCAGCA